AAUUAGAUAAUAGUUAAUAUUUUACUUAAUGGUUAAUUAAUAACUAUACUUUAAAAGUUAUCAGUAGUAACACUAAUUAGUAGUCAGCACUAAUUAAGAUAUUUUAAUUUAUAGAAGUCAGCAAUAUUGGUUUUAUAAUCAAAUGUCAUAGUAUUCUUUGUUUUUGAUUACAUUGUUAUUGUUUCCCGCCAAAAUUGAUGUCUGCAGUGCACACUAUUGAAAUUUAUCAUUAAAUAAAAUUCUUUGGUUUUUGUAUGAUUUUUAAUUUGUUGUAAAAUGGAAUCAAACGAAAGCACAGAAACAAUUAAUUAUCAAAAAGGAAAUGUAUGUAGUGAACUAGAAUCCGUACUUAAAUUACGUGAUAAAAUUAUUUGCAGUAAAGAAAUUACACUUCCUUGUGCUCAUAUUGAAGAUACAGACCUUUCAGAUAUUUUAAGUAAUAUUCCCAAUAUUAAACCAAAUAAACACUUGUUGCAAAAUGAACAAUCAAUUCAUUUAUUGAUGGAAAAUAUAAGGAAACUUAAAGGAACUUCAGAAUUGGAAGUGGAUUUUGAUGCUUAUGAAAAGAAAAGUCAAGAUGAUGAAGUGAAUCAAACAAUUUCACGUCUUCGACAACAGUCAGAAAAACUUUUUAAGAGAAUUAUCAACUCUCAAGUUGGUUUUAAUGAAUGUUUAAAUAGUGGUUUGAAUAAAAAUAAUUUAGAGAUUAAAGAUCAUAUCAACACACAUACUAAGUUAAUAGAACAGACUUGUAAAUAUGAUAGAGGCAUAGAAUCAAUAUUAGAUUGUAAUAAAGAUAAAUUUGGAAAAAAUAUUAAGACGGACUUGAAAGUUAAAAGUAUCAGUGAAUUUGAAAAGGCAUAUACUGAAUUAGCAAAUGAAGAAUUAAGCACGAUUUAUGAAACUGCUUUGAAAUCAUUUAAAAAUCAUGAACAUUUACUUGCUGUAAAACACUAUGAUAAACCUUCAACCGAUUUUAUGAUAGAAGAUAUAAUAUCAGAAAAAUUAGAUCCAUAUUCAAAACAACCAAUUACUAAACCUGUAAAAAAUAAAAUAUGCAAACAUAUAUAUGACCAAAAUUCAAUUGAACUAAUGUUAAAAAAAAAAAUAUUUAUAUCUUGUGCAUAUAUUGGGUGUGUAAAUAAACGUUUUACUAAAAAAGACCUUUUGUAUAAUCUAGACAAUUCUUCUGACGGUGAAUAAAAUAAAAUAUUAAAUACAGUAGAAAGUAAUAUUUGUA